AUGGCAGUCACUACCACUACUACUAUUAAUGUUACUCCCCUUCAUCGCAAGUUCAUCAAUAUACUAAACAAGUACUUGUGCAAUGGCUUACACAACCCCAUAGUAUCUUCUGCAAUCAUCAUCACAUUUGUUGCAGUACAUCUACUACGCUCCACAUUGUUGAUGUCCCCUAUAAUAGCCCAAUCAUCAUCCACUACUUCUUCUUCUGCAUUAGCGCUGGUGGACUGGGAGAGGGAAGAGUACCCUGUAAAUGGUUCUAUAAACGGUGAGCCAGUUUCAUACACCCGUGACGAAACAACAGCAGCAACAGCAGCGGCUAUGACUGCUGUUUUUGAUGACUAUUUCUGUGAUUUCCUUUCUAAUUUCGUCAAUCUUGUAUUUAUCUACCGUUUUGUCAUGAUGAACUAUAACAACAGCAUCAGCAUCAGCAACAGAAACAGAAACAAACUGCGUCAGCAACAAGCCACUACAGGACUGUCAAUCUUCCAAGAAUUGUCCAUUUUCAUAAUGCAAUUGGCAGCUGCUACUUGUUUUAUGUACUUUUACUUCAAUCAGUUUCCCCGUUUGUUGCAAGUUCUUGCUUCACUUCAGUUGGUUUUACCGUUUGUCAUUUUAUUCAUUUCUUCAAGUACCUCAUCAUCCAAAAACAAGUCAGUUUACAAACUUUUAAAAGAGUGCAAUAAUAACAUUUUGCCUUUUUUCAUCACCAAUUCGUUUCUUUUUAUUAACGUGCCAUUUAUUGCGUCUUCAAAUGCUAAUACUGCAACCGCUACUACUGCUGCUACUACUGCUACCUCUGUUUCUGUUUCAACUGUUUUUGGUUACUUCACUUCAGAUGAUACCCUCAGUUGGUUCUAUUUACUUGCAGUUUAUUCGCAAAAAUUAUACCUUAUUUACCAGUAUGUCAUUUAUGAGUUGAUUAGCGUUUACGAAGAGAAAGAGGAAGAAGAAGAAGAAGAAGAAGAACAGGAUUCAAAGGUGGAUUUGGAAAAGGGUCCACCAAUAAGAAACAAGAGUGUACCUACAUCACUGCCAUUACAACGCACAGAUUGUGGAAGCAGACUAAUGAUGUCAGUAUGCUACAUGGUUAUGAUAGUGGAUUUAGUAUUUAUGUGUCUGUACUAA